ACAGCCUCCUGUGUGCCUCCCAUCCUCACAUUCCAACUCUUGUUCAUUUUCUUUCCUCCUAAUAAUAACUCCUCUCUUCAACCAAAACCAUUUCACUUUUCUUUUCACAAUCUCUCUCUCUCUCUCUCUCACAUUUCAAAACACACUUUAAUUACCACUCUUCAAAAACAAAAACCAGUGUUUUGUUUUAAUGGAGGUUGAAACUCACUCUUCAAACCCUUCUUCAUCAUUCUCCUCAUACAACAUUCACCCAUCGGAUUUUCGGAGCUCCGAAUACCCUGACCCGACAUUUCAUCUCUCCCUUCACGAUGAUCCGCCACUAUCUCCUCAACCAUUCCAGUUUUCCGGACCUCACGCGCUUCAAAGCGCGUCUUCUCAUUCCAACGCCGCUGUUCAUGUUCAGAAGGUUUACCGUGGAUACCGUACACGGCGGAGGUUGGCUGAUUCCGCCGUCGUCGCUGAAGAGCUUUGGUGGCAAGCGAUAGAUUUUGUUAGGUUGAAUCAUAGCACAAUUUCGUUCUUUAAUUUGCCUGAAACUGCUGCGUCUCGUUGGACACGGGUCAAACUCAACGCUUCCAAGGUUGGUAAGGGAUUGUCCUUAGAUGCCAAAGCACAGAAAUUGGCUUUUCAGCAUUGGAUUGAAGCUAUUGAUCCACGCCAUCGCUAUGGGCACAACUUGCAUUAUUAUUAUGAAGAAUGGUGCAAAACUGACUCUGGUCAGCCAUUCUUUUAUUGGUUGGAUUUGGGAAAUGGGAAAACUCUUGAUCUUGAUCGCUGUCCCCGACCAAAGCUCCGAAAACAAUGCAUAAAGUAUCUUGGACCGCAAGAAAGAGAGCACUAUGAAUACAUUGUCUGUGAGGGAAUAAUUAUACACAAGCAAUCUGGUGAUUUAUUUCAUACGAAAAAUGACUCUGAAGAUGCCAAGUGGAUAUUUGUAAUGAGCACCUCUAAGAAACUUUAUGCUGGCAAGAAAAAGAAGGGAUUAUUUCAUCAUUCUUCCUUUUUGGCUGGUGGAGCUACCUUAGCUGCCGGACGGCUUGAAGCUGUGGAUGGAAUUCUGGAGUCCAUCUCUGCAUAUAGUGGACACUAUCGGCCAACAGACGACACACUCGAUACCUUCUUAUCAUAUCUCAAACAAAAUGGUGUCAAUCUUGAUGAAGUAAAGGUACGCAAACCAAAUGAUGACACUGAUAUUUACGAGGAUGGGAAGCUCGGCGAGAAAACCUUAACAUCUGAAAGUUCUAUCACUUCUAACGUAUCUGAGGAAACCGAGAAUACUCCAUCCGUAGACAAGAAAGACGUAGACAAGAAAGACGCUCCUCAACUCAGUUUGGAGGUUAGUAGUUAUAAAAGGACUCUAUCAGGUGGUCUUCAGAGUCCAAGAACGACCGAGGUGCCCAAGACUUCUAUAUUGCAAAGAAUCAAUUCCAAGAAGGGUUCAAAGUCCUACCAAUUGGGACAUAGACUUUCGCGUAAAUGGUCAACUGGAGCUGGUCCGAGAAUCGGGUGUGUUGCUGAUUACCCUGUGGAGCUUAGACUACAGGCCUUGGAAAUGCUUCACCUUUCUCCGAAGCUUCCACCCUCUCCCAUGUCAUACAUGUCAGGUGCUCUUAUUUCGCCUGUCGUUUCUCCAACGCCUAAUACCGUGCACAUUUACAAUGAUGAGAGUGCACAUUUAAAAUGAUGAGUUUGGUUAAUUGAAUUACUGCUGAUAUUAGUAUUAUGUUUUCAUCUCAGUGCGGUGAUGCUUUAAGUUUUCUUUUUCAAAUGUAGAGGACUUGGUGUUGUGUAAUAAAAUGAAAUCAAAAAAAUAUUUUUAUCAUCCA